AUGGCUACAAACGAAUUUCCCCAAGGAUUUAAAGCAGUUGUUGCAAAAGCCACUGUACAAAGUUCUGUAAUCCGCUGGCUUUUUAUUAAGCAACAUAAGGUUCGAGAGCCAGUUCCAGGUAAACCUACUGAUAGAACUUUGUUUGUAAUCAACGUACCUCCGUUCUGUGACGAAACAGCCUUGGCAUAUACGUUUAGUGUGUGUGGUGAAGUGACAGAUGUAUUUUGCCACGCUAGGCCAAACCCUGGAGUGCCUCAACAAAGUUCUGGAAUUUUUAACAAACGUCGGGAACUCUGUAUUUAUAAAGUAGCAUAUAUAGUCUUUGAAUCACCUGAAGGCCUUUCAAGGGCCCUUGCAUUGAAUAAUGAUAUGCCUUUAAUACUGCACUGUGAACAAUCUGGUGUGAAGUUAGGAAUUGAGAAGUGGAUGGAUAAAUAUGAUAGUGCUCUUUUGAAUCAUAAUGAACUGGAAACUGAGAUCAAGACGUUUAUGGUUGAAUUUGAUGCUGAAGAGAAACGGAAGGAACAUGAAGCUAAGAUGGUUGGUGAAGCAGAUGAAGAAGGAUGGAUAAUGGUAACAAAUAAAAGCAGAAAACGAGGAAUAGCAAGAACUGAAGUUAUUCGUAAGAAAAUAUUGGAUAAAGAAAAACUGAAACGUUCUAAACGAGAAUUGAAAAAUUUUUAUACAUUUCAAAUACGUGAAUCAAAAAUGAAACAUUUGGAGACCUUAAGAAAAAAGUUUCAAGAAGAUAAGAAAAAAAUUAAUGCAUUUAAACAGACCAGAAAGUUCAAACCAUUUUAA